UGCACUUGUGACGCGACUUGUGCACGUAGUAGAAGCUGGAGUGUACUGUUGGUUGAAACCUGAACGUCAGGUGACAGCACGAAUCGCAGCAGUUAAAGUGGAAAAAUAAAAAACAUUUUUUCCACUUGCUCCCAUACUAAAUCAUCUAAAAAGAACAGCCAACGUAGCAUAUCUGUUGGCACGAGAGAACAAGUAUUAAGCAGGCGCAAAACGUCAAGGUUAUCAUGAUGUUAGGUUAAGAAAUUAUCUACUUUGAUAUAAUUGUCGAGCUGGACAACACUCGGUUGAAUCAGAUAAGGUCGACAUGGCAGCGAUGAAAAGCUUCGGCAAGGAUAUUCCCUAUUUACGCCAACAGUUCUCUGCUCUCCUCGGGAACACCAGUACUAGUGUCAAAUUCAUUUGUAUCGUCGUGCUCUUCUCUUACUGCCUGUCCUUCUCUGAGAAUGCAGUUCUCGUGCUCAGCGUCACUCCGGGUUACUUGCUACCACCAGCAUUUUGGAUCUGGACGGCUUUUACUUUUUGCUUCCUAGAAAUACACUUCUUAGAAGUGUGUGUUGAUAUAAUCACUGUAGGUUUGUGUGGAAAACUUAUUGAACCACUGUGGGGGGCUAUGGAGAUGAUGACUUUCUUUGCUAUUGUCAAUUUUGGAGUUGCAAUGUUAUCCUCUAUGUAUUACUUAAUAAUAUACAUGUGCACUGGAGAUACAGACAUGCUUUUUGAUAUACAUAUUCAUGGACUUACAGGAUAUAUUGCAGGUGUCAUUGUUGCUGUUAAACAAGUAAUGCCGGAUCAUAUUAUAAUCAAUUCACCAAUAGGGAAAAUAACAAAUAGAAAUAUACCUCUAAUGGUAUGGAUUGGUUAUUUAUUAAUGUGGAUCGUUGGUAUACUAGAAGGCACAAAUCCAACAAUGUUUCUUAGUGGACUAUUGAUUUCAUGGAUGUACCUUAGAUUUUAUCAGAGGCAUAAUAAUGGUUCUAGAGGAGACAUGGCAGAUAACUUUACAUUUGCAAGUUUCUUUCCAAAUGUUAUGCAACCACCUAUCGCUGUUGUCAGCAACACACUUCACAGUUUCUUUGUGAGAAUUGGUCUUUGUAGGAAAGUUGUUAGGAGAUUUGACAUGUCUAAUGCUCCACCUGGACUAGUCAUAAAUUUACCUGGUAUAGAUCCACAUGAUAGUGAGAGAAGAAGACAAAUAGCUUUAAAAGCUUUAAGUGAGAGAUUAAGUAAAGAUCAUGCCAAGCCCUGGCAGCAAGAUAGAAGUAAAAAAUACUCACCAGUACCUUCUGCAGUCAACAUUCAAAUGCCUGAGCCUGCGAUACUCAAACCUGUACCUUCACCUCUCAUCCCUCAGAUUAGUGUCAACAUUCAUAACCAUCCUUCAUCUAGUAAUAGCUCGUGAUUAACCGCCAAAAACUCAUCGAGUUCCAAUGAGCUUAAUGUGAAAAAUAAAAGUGAGAGUGACAAAGUCAGAGAGACAGAGAAUGAUGCAGAGUUAAAUAAAAAUUUAAAUAAAAAUGUUCCGAAGUAAGUAAUUUACUGUAAUAUUGGCAAUAUUUGAUAAGAAGACUGAACUUCAGAAUUUUUUAUCUUGUGUAAAAUGUGAAUGUAGAUUUUGCUUAUGUAACAGCUUUAUUAAGUAAAAGAAAUGAUCUAUUUAACUUUAUGUGCUGCAUCAAUUGAAAGUAAUGACUUAUUGAAUAUGAUGCCCUGUUAUAUAUUAAAAUCUUGGAUUUGUUAUAUUCAAAGAGUGCGCGAUUACAACAAAAACAAUGGAAAACCACUCUAUUUAUAAAUUAACCCAUUUUUGUGACAAGUUUAAUAAGACUUAACUAAAUCGAGUCACCUAUCACCAACAAUUGAAUUAUCUAAGAUAAUAUUUUUGAUUUAGAGGCUGUGCUUUAGUCUCACUUUUGUAUAAAAAGUAGAAAACCAGUGCUGUACAAACUGACAUGAUACUUAUGUUAAAGAAAUGUGUAGAAUAUGAAAAAAAGUUGAAGUUAUUGAUGUUACAAUAUUAUCUUUAUUUUAUAUGUGAAAAGAACUUUAUUAUAAAGCAGUUAUCAACUGGAGAUUUUGAAAUAACCUGUUUUAUAUUUUUAUAAUUUUAAGUGUCUUUGCUUACAACAGCAACAUCAUGACAAGAAUAAAACUUAUUUUCUUGAAAUUUACGUCAGGUAAAGAAAUAUAAAAUGGAUCAAAAACUUAUUGUAUUACAAAAAAUUAAGGCAAUCAAACACACAUUGCAACUUAUUAAAUCAUUUGAAAAUAAUUGUACAGAAAUAUUUAAAUAAUGAAAAUACUAACUCAUAGUUAAAAAUUUAUAAAAAUCAAGGGUUUAUGUAUACUUUAAACAAAAAUAUUUUAACUUGAUUAAUUGACUUAAUCUCUCAAUUUUGCAAUUGGUGAAAGUCGCAUUUAUUGUACUAUAAAGAAUUGUAUGAUGUAAAGAAACUUAUUUUUGUAUAAAUUAUACAAAAUCUCAUGAACUAACUGUAAAUAUAGCGAUUUGAUUGGUUUAGUCUUCCCAGACAAUUCUGUACAUAUUUAUAAAUGUUAUUGUAAAAAUAAAUGUACAGCUUUGCAUAUGAUUUAAUCGAAUCUCUCAAAUUUGCAUUAAAAAAUGAUGUAUAAAAUUAUGAAGAAUAUUGAAUUUCAGAUAGUUAUAUUUUUAUUUAUAGAUGUAAAAUAAUUAAUUGAAUUAUCCCACUGAUAUUUUAUGUAAUAUUUAACUACUACAUUUAUAUGAAAGUGAUGCACGUUGGAUAUAUUAUUUUUAUACAUUCCUCGUUUCAAUUUAUACUUAAAUAAAUCUCCACGGCUUUAUUUUCGAUCCUAUUCUUAAAGAAAAAAUUAUUUUAACAUUGUUCAAACAAACUAAGCGAAUGAAAUCCAAUUGAAUUUAGGAAUGCACUAUUGUGGGAUCAAUAUAAACAAAUGCAAAGAGCAGUGAUAGUGAGUAUAAUUGACAUAACAAUGUAACAAAAUCUGUAAAAUAUUCAAAAUCUUUAAAUAUUAAGGUUUUUUUUACCGACCUUGACUAUGAACAAAUAAAAUUAUGUCUGAUUAGAAUAUAUCGAAAAAUUCUGUAGGCUCAUAUCGCUUUGAUUUCAUAAUUGAACAAUUCAGGAUUGUCAAUUAACAACGUGCGUUAUAAUAAACGAAAAACAUUAUUUAUUAUUUAAAUUUUUAUCAAACGCGAUUCAUAUUCCGAUUUCAACUUUACACAAAAGUAAAUAAUACGUUGAAAAUAUACGAAGUCGAUAUGAAUCUAAUAGUAUCAAGAGGGAUACUUUGGAUAUAAAUAUGUUAGAAUAAGCUGUUAUACGAAUGUAUAAAUGAUGCUAUAAUGAAACUACUUUUGUACAUAUGUGAUGGUUGAUGCUAUUUGAACAAUAUAAAAUCUAAUUUAUG